AUGCAUCAUGAAAGACGGAUUUCAGCGCACAGAAAUACGAUUGAUAGAAGCCCCGUAUCCACCCCGGAGAGUGGAAAACCCAAACCUUGCCGUAAGCUAGGUAACCAAUCAGCUUCCGACAUCCCGCAAUUCAAGAAAGUUCACCACCAUAAUCACAAAAGGGUUUUUUCGCUGUUGUCUCCAUUUGUGUAUAAAUAGUUGAUAAUCAAUGGCUUAGAUCACCCUCAGAGCGUAAGGAAGAUUCGAAUAAAAGUUUUAGCGAGACGAAAGUGAAAAGGAUUGCUAUGAGCGACAACGAGAAUGGGUUGUCCGUUUCAAUUUCAUCGGCGAGUUCGAGGCGAACUUCGACAGAAAGUUUAGAGGAAAGCAUUCGAAAGAUUCUAAGUACAAGAGACGGUCGGGUCAGUGGCUAUCUUGAAAGGUAUGCUGUUGUGUCUGAAGGAUGUAAAGUCUUAAAAUUCUUGUUCAUUUAAGCUUAAUCACGCGGGAAACUGAUGUUAGCGUGGUUUGGUUUCGGGUCAGUGCAUUUCAGGUUUUCGUGACACCCAAGCGACUUAUUUCACAGCAUAACAUUGUCUCGUAUACUUGUCACAGCAGAUUUUUGUUUAAUCAUUUUACUGCUGUUUGGUGGCUUACCGGGAGUUUAUUUGUCUUCAUGUUGUGUCUGUUUUGAAUCGUUUGCAGUCCUGAUAUCUCGUUAACAUGUAAGCAACUUGGUUUGGAGGACAACAGCGUAAGGGACAUCAUCUCUCAAUUGGGAUCUGAGAGGAGUGAUGGACUAGUUUCUCUGGAAAAUCUACGACAGCACGUUGCAAAAGGACAUGAAAAGUCAAAAGUGACAGCAAAUAACACCAUCGACGAAAUGAGUGCAAAGAAAUUGAACGACAAGACAAGCGGUAAAGAAAGCUGGGAAAUAGAUAGCGGUGCUCAUGAUUUGAACGGCGAUCCCACUCUACAGCAAAUCAUGUCUGUGGCGAAUUCAAAGGGACAGUCCCGUUCAAGUAACUUCUUGGAACUAGCAAAUACGGUGAGUCAGCUUUCAAGUGUUUUUGUAAUAUCAUGUGAAGUUUAGACAAUAAAUAAAUGUACUCUUUUUGCGGGUGUGAAUAUUUAGAUCGCAUGGCUGGUCGUGAGAGUCUUUGAUCGUUUCCGGAAUCUUCAUGGGAGCCGCCAAAACACACGACUUCCCGUGGGAUUGCUGCUCUUAAUCGUGAUCUUUGCGAUUGCUCUCUAAACUUUGCCUCUUAUUAUGUUGUACGUGUUAAUAAAACCAUAAAAAUUGAAAAAUAAGCUAAGUCCUACAUUUCAAACACGUUUGAUUAAGUGUUUUGUAAUAGAUAUUUCGUGCUUCACAAAUCCGCUUUACGUUUGUCGGUGACUUCUCCCAAACGUAAUAACUCAUAACUUGGAUUUAUCGCAAAUAAAAUCUUUCAACAGUUGUGACAUCUCUUUUGCAAUGUAACUGCGAUUGAUUUACUUGCUGUGAGCUUGAUUUGCUAUCUUAUUAAUCGAAAUCAUACCAUCUUUGAACUGGUGAUGGUUUCUGGAAUGCCCGACUAAUAAGCUGCCUGUAUAUUUUUUUUGAACGUCAAUUUGUGUAUUUUCUUCAUUCCAUGUCAAAUUUGUCUACCUUGCCAAAUUAAUUUACUAAAUGACAAUAUUUCGGUUAAAUUUUUUUCUACACUUGGACAAUGAACCAUUCCAUACUACAUGCGAAGAGUCAAACGCAUAAUUACUAAAGCUCUUUUCAACAUUUUUUGGAUGUCAAAAUUCAUGAAAAUUUUUGAUCGCUGAAGCUUCAUUUUCAGGAAAAUUGGGUCUGAAUUAUAAAGCCAAAUGAACUUCGUAAUUUAUUUUGAUGUUUUAACCUCCUUGUACGAAGUUAGCACUUGUAUAUUUUUGGAUAAACAUCGAAACGACAGACAGCUAAUAUUCGGAAAACGACUGACAACAAAUCAGGCGGCAAGGGAUGAAUAACGCUUUUGUAGAUAAAUCGACCGAAAGGACGGGCCGUGUGAUUAUGGCAAAUCAUACCAAACUAAACAAAGAAGUUUCGUGAAAUUACCGUUAUCUUAAGUCUAAUCGCAAAUAUUUGCCCGCAGCAACUGGUGUCUUCCAUCACAAUUAGGUGUAAUUAAUUUCAGGCAAUGUCUUUGUCGAAAGAAAAUUUUUAAACUUUUCACAGUUGGAAUAAAUCUUUGGUUGAUGUGGCAAGAGAUGUGAUUGUUUGAGAUUUUGGCCCCCUCUGUGAAUGUAUUCACUUGCUUUACUUUCCUACUGCUAACUUUGUGAUGUUUAAGUUUCAAUGUCAGCAUAAAUGAGCCUGUCAUGAGUUCCAUACUAAAUCACUUGUGACAGUCUAUAACUUGACCUCAUAUCAUGAUAUAUAUGAACUUAAAAUUUAUGAAUCAGAAAUGCCACAGAAAUAAAACAUCUGCAAAGUCAUUGUCAGUCAGGGUUUGGUUUUUCUGAAAGAGUUAUACAACUGUAAAUCACUACUGACGUAAUGUCCUCCAAAACCACAGGAUAAAUUUAGUGGUUAAUGAUAUUUGGUACAUGUUACGUGUACCAGUGUUCAGGAUGUAGGGCAAUAUAAUUCAAAAGAGGGAUGCACAUAGAUUUAAGUUAUACACGUAUUUUUACCCACAGAUAAUUUUGGAGCAAUUUUGCUAAUGUAAACACUUAUUGCAGAAGAAACCUCGUCAAUUUCUGAAUUCAAUGUCUUGCUUCAAAGCCACCUGCCUCUCUGAUGUGUUUCGUCUUGAUUUAAUGUAUGGUUCAAUUAGGGUUAAAACGACCUCUCAAUAUUUGUCGUCGAUAGCUACAUAGUUGAAGUGCCAGCCUCCUUUUAUUUUUUUUUUUAUCGCAUUUGUGAUUGCUUGGACAUUAUUAUUUUGUAUCCAUAUUUUCCUGUUAAGAGGAAUAUUGCAGUUGUUGUGUUCAAAUGACACGCAAAGAAGUAUUUGGGUAUAGAUAUUUGCUUUUUUCACCAGAAGCUUUAACUUUUAAUGAGUCAUUAGUACUUUAGUUGUUUGAGAUAACUCAUACAGCUCCCAUUUCCCCCAACCUGGGUAUGGUUUGUUGAUGUCCAGUGCAGUGUGUUCAAAUAAACAGCUGCAGCAAAAUAAUUGAAAUUCUGAAGUACAAAUUUUUAAUAUUAUAUCAGUGACCAAAAGGUGAAUUUGACUUAUCUCAUUUUUUAGACUCACAAGUAGGCUGUUAUUUUUCUGAAAGAUUAACUGUCAACUUUGUAUGGUGUAUGUACCCAAAUUGGUGUUUCUGUAUAAGAAAUUAUCCGAGAGUUUCCUAUAGGUUUUUUUUUUUGAGAUGCUGAAAUAAUUUUUACUGUGGCUAUGUUAAGAAAUAUAGUCAUAUUAAUAAUAGGGUGGUUUAAAAAGUGAUGUUGAAAGUAGUUAAUUUACUUUCUUGAUGUAAAGAAUGUGUAUCUCUUGGAAGAUUGUAAUAUUUUGAAAUUAUGUUUCAAACAAUAGACAUGAUUUUGAGGCUGUGUGGAAAAAUCUUUGCAGACUACAUAGUUUAUUUCUCAGUGUGCCCUUAAGUUGUAUAAUUUAUUGCUUAAUUCUGAUAUCUAAAGUAAACUCUUUGUCAGUUUUUCAUACAAAUUACAUCUUUGUAGAUGAACAGAAACCCUUACUCCCCCCUGCUGUGUUACACUGCCCGCCCUCCCUCUCCUCCCCUCCCUCUCCUCCACCACCCAACUUCAAGCUCUGUCAGACCAACAAGGUCAAAUGAAAUUAUGUAAGUGUAAUGCAAUAUAAAAAUGCAGAUGAAUUACAAUUUUUGUUAUAAAAGAAGAACAGGCAGUUGAUGUUAAUCCUGUUGUAACUGUAAUUGGAUUUGGAAAAAUUAUAUGAAAUUUGUGACACAAUUGAACUCAGAUGAGUACUUUUACUGGAUUACUAUCAUAAUGAUUUUUAAGAGUACUAGUACCUGUCAGUGACAUAAAGUAAAUAUUUAGGAUCCAGAAAUAUUUUUCUACAGCAACUUUCAGUCAAUUUAUUAGGAUUAUGUUCAUAAACUUUUGUUUCUUUUUUAUUGUUUUGUUCUUCAAUGAGCUAUCCAUUUUUAAGUCCCAGGCAGCAGGUGUUUCAAAGUUUUGUCUCACAAUGAUAACACAUUGCCAAGCAGAUAGCUUUCUAGAAUUCAAGGGUUAAUGAGUCAGAGAUACUCUCUUGAUGAAAACAUAAAUUUACAGAACAAAUAUUUGAAAAGUGUAAUGCAGUCUGUCAGGAGAGUUCACAAUUUGAUCCUGGGAUUGCCCUAGUGACCUGCAUGUAUGUUGAUUCAUCCACUUGAAAUAUUUUAAGCAGACUAUGGGACGUUGUCUUGUUGUAUGUUUUUGUGAUUAUUUAUUGAAUUAGCUGACAAUAUUUUGAUAUAAUUUUUCAUAUAAUUUCUUUUGAUGAACAUAAAUGUACAGUGUACAUACAAAGAUCAGAAAUCGUAGUUUUUGUAUACUCUUUUCUCUGGUAGAACAUUAAAAUUUCAUGGAGUCAACAAUAAUUAUUAAAUGCCUAGAAAGAACCUUUAUGUUCUAGGAAAUUUAGAAGGAAGUAACAAUUUAUUUUAUCAUCUUUAUUGCUUUGUUCAAAUUCAGUAUGAAGAGUUAAGCGACAAGACAAACCCUGAGGGGAAAAAAAAUCUAUGUGAAAUGAAAUUUGUUUUUUUAAAAACACGGAUGUAAUAUACACUGUAUGACACAUUUAACAUACAUGCACAGUUUUAUGCACUUAUCUUUAUUUACUUUUUAUCAAAACUGAUAUUCCUCUUUGAAAACAAAUGUUUUCACCUGAUCACUAAUUGAAAAAUGUACAUUAUUUAUUAAAUUUCUACAGUCUUAGUAUGUCAUAGUAGUUGAGGAUCAAAUGAAAUUUUUAAUUACGAUUUACAGCUGAAUAGUGUUAUACUUCCUUUCCACUCUUCUGCUAUUUUUUUAUUAAAAAAAGAGGAAAUAAAAAAAAAGAUUUGUAACUUCAGCUGAAGCAAAUUUGCCUGCAGUAAAUUGAUUCUGCUUUCAAUAUAAUGGAGUGAUGAAUUGAUAUAUUUAGCAGAACUUUGGAAAAAUCUAUUGGCUAACUAAGCUUAUUGUAUUGAAUUAAAUAUUCCAUUUUAUUCAUUGUAUGUUAGUGCUAAUUUUUCCAGUGGUUAAGUACCUCAUGAAUUUGUCUGGUGCCAGCAGUAUUUCAUAGGAAAGAAUAUGUGGUUUAUUUUAUAAGACAAGAGCAAACAAUGAGGGAGUUUCUGAGCUAGAUUGAAGUCAAAAAAUGCAUAAGAUCAAGGUACAGAAUUUUUAAGAUUAAUUAUUUAAUAUGAAAAAUAUUAUUAGAAGGGAAAUGUCUGAGUGAGACAGUGAGAAUCUUGUCAUGUUUCAAUCCUCGUCUAGGCAAAAUUUUUUUGUUACCAUGUAGACAGCAAUUAUUAAUGAUGUUAAAAGUGUAGAUGUUGGAAUUCUAACAUAAACACUGCCACUAAAAUGAAGGUUAUCAAUUCAUAAUGGUUUGAAGGUCACAAAAUGAAUGUAAAUAUCUUCAAGAAUUCAUAUUUUAACCAGAACUGAGGGAAGAAAGUCUGUAGGCCAAAAAAAAAAAAGAAAGAAAGAAAGUCUUGCAUACAAUGUAUAUAGGAAGGCACGAAAUCCAGACAGAUUUUUACAUUCUAUUUCCAACUCAUCAAUCUUAGCUCUGUAUUUACAUACCAACAAUUAUUCUAAUGGUUUUUGGGUUGAUAUUAAGGUUUGUUUUUUUAUCUACGUGUAAAAUUUCAUUUAGAGAUAUACUGGACUAUUUGAAAGUUAUGUAGCAACGAUAAAAGUGAAUCAUGUAAGCCAUAGACUGUGGCUGUACAAUGAAGCAGGAACCUCUUCACUGCUAUCAAAGUGGUUUUUAGACCAAAUAACUGGAACUCAAUGAGAUUUUGCCUUGGGGGUUCAGUGCAUCACAUAAUUUUCAAAACAAAGUUCUUUAUUAAGACAGGCAGUAUUAAGGAGUUCUUUCACCUGGCAAGGGUUUACAUACAUGACUGCACAUUAGACAAACUCACAUUUCCACAAAAAAACAUCCUAGUUUCUGUAGCAUGAUAUAACUGGGAAUACUCCUUUCUACCCCCAACCCUCCUUCCCCUCCAUCCCGUCCAUCCACCCCCAUUAUGAUCCUCGUUAGUUGAUGGUACCCAUGUACACUCUUAGGUCGAGAAAGGCCCAACAGAUACAUUGUUUCUUUCCCAAGAACUUAAGUUGGCCUUGGUUUGAACAAGCCUCUUUGGAUCAAAAGUCCAUUACAGUAACCAUUAGACCACUUUUUCUUGAUUCCUUCAAAACCCUGAUUGUCACAUUUUCCUUAUUUUCUCCUUUCUUUAAAAUGAUUUUGUUCUAAGAACAUAUCACUGAUAUUUAUCAAAUUCUUUCUAUCAGAUGAAAAAACUUAGAAGCAUGUAGUCUCAGAGGGGAACUGAAUCUAGUAACAAAUACAACUUUUUGCAGGAAAAUGGAUGAAUGGUUGGAAGCAUUUGUUGCAGUGAAGUUGCUCCAAUCAUCUGAAAUUUGCUUUCAAUGUUAAGUGUGCACAAUGUCUUUUCUAGUGGCCCUGUGGAUAGACCUAAGGGGGGAGGGAGUAGAGAAGGCAGCUAGCGCUGUUCCAGGAUGAAAAGUUAAACUUGGAUUUGAUAUCUCUUCUAUAAAACUGAUUGUUGUUUAAAAUGUUGUGGCACUGUAAGCUGAAGGAGACAUAAUCAAAAAAGUAAGAGUCUCUACACAGGCCAUAACAUCCAUGUCAGAUAUUUGCUUAAAUUGGCUUAGCUUAAUCAGCUUUUGACCCACAUGGAUCUGAUGAAUACUGACAGUCUCCCCAAUCAUCCAGAUUCUUUGAUCGUCAGAUUGUCUCUGUUGUUUGAGAGGCUUUUGGGUAUGAUCAUCUCAUGACAAAAGAAUUGUAUUUCCUUUCAACAUCUUAUAUGACUGAGCCGUUUUACUGCUGCCUAGACUACAGCUUCAUGGAAGAGAUUGUUGCUUCAUGAAUGACAACUAAAACUACCAGGGUCUCAAAUUUUGGAACAGUUUCAUGAAGAAAUUAUUUAUUUUCAACUCAGUAAGAUAAUCAAAAAUAUUCUGUUUGGCCACAGGGAAUUUAAACUAAAUAAACAAAUAUAUACAGCUAUUUCAAUUACCCUGAGCAAUCACACUUCAUCUCCUACCUGUUUCUUCUUGUUUAUUGCAUUUUUUUCAGAUACAUUUGACAUGUAUAUUUGACAAAAGUGUACUCGUCAGUUAUAGAUUAUUGAGAAUGAUACUUAAACCUAUCAAACACAAAAAUCCUGAAUCAGUUACAUGCAGAAACUUUGUAAUUUAUGUUGUCAUUAUUUAUAUCAAUUUGUUCACUGCCUCUGUAAAAUUGCUGAGAUACUAAAAACACCCUGAUUGGUCAAAAACCUAUUGGUUAUUGCAACAUUAAACCCAUGGAAAAUUUGAGUUUAUUUUAUAAAAGCAAUAGACUGGAAAAAUUUAUAAAUCUCUCACCUCUGGCGUUCUUCCAACAUCCUGCAUGGUUUUGCUGGUAAAGGGAUAGAGAGUGUGGCCUACAAUUAUUUUUUUCAUCUUUUAUAGUUUAAUUCCUACUUUAGUAGUAGCUGAUAAGCAAUUCUCUGAUGUAAACGUUCAAGUUUUUCUUUCCUGUUUUCAUUGUUGGAAAUAUUUAUAGUGGCCAAAAAAAGGUAAAAACUUACACCAUUUAUUAAAAGUUCAAAAUUCCCUACACAAAUAUGUAGAAGCAGAUAUUGUGUAAAAAGGUAAAUAAUUUAAGCUUGAAAAUAUUUGCAGAUUUGGUAAUCCUUUAAGAUCUUCCUGAUAUUUUGAUAGACCCCUCUCCUAAAUGACAGCAAAAAUUUAAAAAAUUUAUGAAGUGGAAAAUAUUAAAAUUCAUCUAGUAAGACAAUUCUGGGUCUACAUAGAAUAGUAGUGCAUAUUGAAAAGUUUCUUGUCUAUGGAACUCCUGUUCAUUUUUUCAUUUAAACCACUGAGUCUAGAUUGACUCUUUAAAUCUUACACCUGUAAGUUGUAAUUUUAUUUCCUCCUACUUAACUUAUGACAGGAAAUCUCAUCAUAAAAUUACAUCUGGGAAAUUACUUAGAUACAUAAAACAUGUGUUUCAUCUUUUGAUGAUCAAUGCAAAGGUACAUGGAAGAAAUUUCAUUAUGGUGGUUGCAUUUUAGCCUGUUCAAAGUAAAAGUGCACUGUGUAACACUCAUACGUAGUAGGAUUCAGAGGAAAAACUGUUAGUUGAUCUAUGAUCUGGUUCAAUAGGGCAAUUUUCAUUUCCUGUCAAUGUUUAAAUUUCAGUUAUUUUUCAUAAUUGUGACUUUGUGUGAAUAAAUAUGUUUUUUAGCUGUGGCUAGUGUUCUCAAGAUAUUUCUAAGUGGCCAGCCAUAAAAAAAGUAGCCAGCUACAGUUAAAGGUUCAAAUUUAUUUAAGUUCAAGAUAGGUUAAUAUUCAACUGUUUUUUCUGAUUAAAAGUAAUUGUGGCUUUUGAGAAAGUAGCCAUUGAAAAUGCCACUGCCGCGGCUACAGGAGAAGUCUGCCAUGGUGAAAAAAAAUAUAUUUUCUGAGAAAUGUUACCCAUUGACAACAGACACGGAAAUAAAUUGUUUUUUAUCUGAUCGUGCAAUCUUGGCAGUGCACUGAGCAUGAUCAGAAGACUUUGUCCUGUUGUGCUGCGUUGAAAAUCUGCCAUGAGUUUCAAUCAUGUGCAUUCAGCUAAAGGCUUAGUAUGUCCAUGUUGUGAAGACUACAGUGAUCAUUUGACGCAAUGUCAAGUUCUGGUGUGCAAGAACGUGAUUGCCCUUUUAAAACCUUCCUUUCUGACACUGAUAAAGUCAGAGUGGAUGGCUCCAAGACAUAUCAUUCAAGGGUGAAUCUUUUCAAACAUAGCUAUUGUUCACCUCAUGUUAGUGUUUAUCUUCUCAGGCUGCAAAGGGUAAGCCUUUUACCUGGUUUUAUCAAUGGUUAUAUCAAUUAUUUUAUUUUUAUCAAGAGUAUAAUUUACACGUAAUUUAGAUUAGAUUCAAAGUACCUCUGUGUUGCACAAAUUUACUUGAGCAAUGAAGAAGACAUUUUAUUGCGUGAGUCUGUGCUGAUUACUAUAAUUUAAUUAUUUUGAUAACCAUAUCUGAGCAGACCUGUUUUGAUUUAGAUCAUAUUACAGGUCAUAGUUGCCUCAUAUGAUAGGAUAUCAUGUGCUAAAAAUUAAAAUUAAUUUGCUCAAAUUAGAGACUAUCUUCCUUUGUGUUGAAAUUGUAUUGUUGUUAAAACGAUGAUUGCCAAAUAUAAACAUUAAAAUAAAUUUUAUUAACAGAUUUUGUUACCCUCAUGAACUUUUGCUCUCAUUUCCACGCUUCCUAAAAUUGAUACAGACAUGUAGAGGUUAAAUACCAUGUACUUAAUUAUCUCUUAGGUGGUAACUGUGUGAAAAGUAAUACUACAGUCCAACAUCUAGAAGAAGCACACCAUCUUUUGAGCUUUGUUUCAAUUGUCAAGCAAAGUCUAACCAUCCACAUUUGGCAAGAUCAAAAUUAGAGAAAGGCAUCCAGAUUUUGAGAGUUUUUGUAUUUCAUUUUUGAAAUUAUUGAAUUUGAUAUAUUGUAAUUUGAGAUGGAAAUUACUAUUCACAUGCUGCCAUUUUUUUUUCUGUGAUGUUUAAGACCUUCCUAUAUUUGAAACUCUCACUCUGGCAUGAUUUCAGAACAUGCCAUGUAUUUAUUUCCUGUAUGGCAGCUCUCAGGCAUUUCAUUUGUUGUGGUGCACCAUGAUUAAAAGUGAAAACUCAAAAAAAGAAAUUGAAAGAAAUUUAUAGAUGAAACUGAAGUGGUGUGGUAAGUUGUGGCCAAAACAGCUGAGAAUUGUUGUCAAAAGUUGGAAAUAAAUAAAUCAAAAUAAAGUCAGGGCUGACUUACAGGAUAAAAUGUCCUCUUUCUACAUGGCUGUAAAUUCAUGCCAAAAAAUGUGAAAAUAUUACUUUGAGGUACAGCUGUACAUGCCCACUGUGGCUACACUUUGUUAAAUGUCAUAUUCUUGAGUUCUUUGGUUAAAUUCCUUUUGUUUAGUUUGAGUUUAAUCAGUUAUAGGCUGCUUGGAUCAGAGAGUGCAGAAGAUAUUUGAUAAAGUUUAAUCAAUUCAUUUGUCAGUGGAGUAUUGCAAACAUGAUUGUAACUUUCUUAUGCCUUAACUCCAAAAUUAAAUUAAGAUUGUUUUGUUUUUGAAAAGAAAAUUAAAUAAAACCACAGGAAUGUGCCUAAACACAAAGCCCCUAAUAUAAACAACACAUCAAAACAUUAUGAUUUUCACAAACCAUAUGUACAUGUUGAAAAAUAAAAGGACUUAAAUCAACAUGAAACAUGCAUAUAUGUGUAAUACCUUAGAUGAAGUUCACAAUUAAAAAACAUUCUUAGUUUCAAUCUUUUGGGUGUUCAUCAAUGUAUGUGUAAAAAACAGUAAUGAAAAAUUUCAAUCUUCAAUGGUGAUCACUUCUUUAAUAACAACUGAAUGCAAGCAUGCCAGUUUUGGGUUCAUCCACUCUUUCUAUUUAAUGACGUUAAUAUAUAGUCACUCGUAUGUAAGUAGCUCUGAUUGUUUAUUUCCCAUGGUUUGUGUGCUCUGUAAUUGAUUUAAUGGCCUUUACAAUUCAUAUUCUUUUGUGUACUUACUUCAUUGUUCGUGAUCAAUCUUUCUCUCCAAGAGUACUGUGGUUUCCUGUCCCUUGUGUGAUAUUUUUUCCUAAUUAAAAAAAAAAAUUCUUACUAAAAAUUGGUUCUCUUUAUGACUGCUUACUUUUACAGUUUAAGUGGGCAUUUCUGUUAAUUUGAGACAAUUGACUGUACUCUAAAUGAGAUAACCUUCAUUAUCUACAAUUUCUUCACAUGUUAAUUAAUGUGUAAUUUAAUCUGGCAUGAACUGUUUUCACCAAUUACACUGUUUUGUUGGUUGAAUCUGGGUUAAUGAUUUGAGUUUCAACAGGAUUAGAAGUAUGGAAGUUUUGAGUGUUUAAACAUCUUUUUGAGAAAUUGCUUUUAAAAGGCAAUCAAAGCCCCAAAAUAACUUGGUGUUUCUUAAAUCUGUUUACCUUCCAACUUAAGCUUAAGACUGUAAACAGACACAGUAGGUUGCAUGACAAGAACUGCAUUUACAUCUAGUUGAUUAAUUAAAAGCCCCUGAAAGAAAGGAAAACAUUUGAAACUUGUGUGAGAUUUAGUAAUACACUGGUUUUGGUAAAACCACAACUAGGGUAAAUAUCAGAGGGAACAGAAGGCUAAUUGAAUUAUAAACGAAAAUCAUAUGAAAAAAUUUCUUUCAUUGAAAUUGUUCUGCACGACUAACAUACUGGUAUGUUACUGUUAGUAAUUUAUUCACAAUCUCACAGUUCACAAUCAAAAUUGUUCAAUUGCCAAGAUUGAGAAAUUAAUGAAGAAAAUUUUGUUCUUUCAAUCCCAGCUUCAUCUGGCAGCAUUGGCUUCUCUGAAAACAGAAAUUGUUGAGCUAACAGGGAAAGUUCAACAGUUGACUGAGGAACGAGAUCAACUGCAAGCUUCCCUUGCACAUGCCACCCAGGAACGUAAAGAUUUGAUUCAUGAUUAUGAGGACAGACUUACUUCUCAAGCCCACCAGAGUGAACAGCACAUCACAGAACUACAGAGUGUGAUCGCAGAACUCAACAAGAAAUUGUCUCAGUCUGCUGUGGAUAAGUUUGAUGAAUCUGAAGAGCAUGAAAUAGAGUCACAGACAUCUGAACGAGGUAAGACACAAGAACUCAGCUUGUUAACAAAAGAGUCCUCUAUGUCAUGCCAAAUACAAUAUUCUCAUGCAAGAACAGUUCUAACGAUCUGGAUGAUCGAUCAUGGUAGUGUGAACAUUAUAAAAUCAUAAGUACUGUAGGUGUUUGAUGUGACUUAGAAAAUGAAAGUUCCUCCAGGAUGCAAAUAUUAGAUUUGUAGUUAUUGUACACUGAAAAACUGAAAAUGUUUUGUUAGAUUAAAUUCACCACAGGUCCAAUUUGAGACAUGCAGUCUUUUGUGGACUGUUAAUGUGUUCAGUGUUUCACACAUAGAUGGUGGAGACCCCCCUGACCAAACAAGAACAACUUGAACCAUGAAGUGAUGGUCAAUUGACAUCAUUUUCUGAUAUAGACUUGCAGUUAAUUUCAAGAUGUUGAGAAGUGACUUUCAAUGAUCAUUUUGACAUCUGACUAAUGAAGUCAUCAAUGUGCCUCAAGUUUAUUUGUUUUCUUUGUUAGGUUCUCAGAGUGAUUCUGACAGUCUGGCUUCAGAGGAGGGUGUUAAUGAUGACAACACAGAUGAUGAACUGUCUAAAGUAGUUGGUGGGUUGGAGUUUGCUAUUGAUAGACAAGAUAAAGACUCCAAAGUAGAGGACAAGAAACCAACUGCAGAAGAAGGCAUUACACCCAAGGACGAGAAAGCCACAGAAGAUAUUGAGAAGAAACCUCUGCAUCAAUUACAAUCUGUAAGUGCACAGGCAAGAUUUUCUCGUGGGGAGAGAUUGUUGUACUGUUGCACCUUCUGGUUCUUUUUAGAUUGUAGUGUGUUUUUCAUUCACAUUUCAUCAAUUAUUGUCUUCAUAAUUUCUUUCCUUUUUUUAUUGUGGCACAAUAACAACACUACAAUACAUCACAAGAACUUGCAUUAUAUAGCAGUGUUAAGAAAAAGGAAAGAAAAAUCUACAUCAAUGAGAAAAUAAAAGGGGACUGACAACUGAAAAUAAGCAAGGAAAUUAAUUAAACGGGGGGGGGGGCUCCAGUGCCUUAAAUUAUUUUUAACAAUAUUUAGAUACUAUUUCAUUCAACUAUUCUUUUUUUGUAAGCUAUAUGUUAUGAAAUGAUAAAUAAAGUGUUUUCAAGUAAGAACAUUUAUUAACAAGGGGUGUAGAGGAACACACGUAUAAUAGAUUUUUAAAGUAAAAUGAUUUUUCCUGCUGCAGCUUGCAAAACCUGAAGACAAGACAUCUAAAGAACACGAAGAACUGCAGUCUAAAUGCAGAGAGCUCAGAGUUCAGUGUCUAGAACUAGAAAAGAAGAAACAGUUAUGUAAGUGAGAGAUUUUGGUUCCUUUGGGGUCGUAAAAUGUAACACUGUCCCUGGUCUUCCUGCUCUGUGGGAUAAAUGUUAAAUUGAUUUUUCAAUUCCUACUCAAAGUUUAUGCAAAUUGAUUUUCACAAGUUUUACUUGAUGUUUAAGUGGCCUUCACAGCAUAGUUUGAGAUAAAAAGGAUAAUUUUAAUGAUACAAUGUAGUUUUAAAUUAUUAUAAUAAUAUAUAAUUAUCUUGAUGAUGAACUGUUUUCUUUUUUUUUUUGUAGUGGAACGUCAGCUACAGCAGACAAGUUUAAAAGAGUGGGUAUCACGAAAAAAGUCUUCUGGAAGCACAGAAGUAAGUUUUUUUAAAGUUUUCAUUACUGAGAUGUUUGGUGUGAUUGUGAAAAUGAUCAGCAGGGCCUAGUUAUUCGAAGGCUGAUUAGCACUACCCCAAGGUUAAAUUUCCAUUCUUCUUUAUUCCUUAGUUCAAAAGCCUUUUUCGGAUAUUUUUUUUUCUUUUCAAAGCAUCCAAUCAUCAUCUUGUAGAAAAAAAUAAUUGUACUGAAUUUUCUUUUGAAGCUUUCAGAUCUGAAAUCAAAUUUCAUACUAAACCAAGGUUAUCCGUGAACAACCCGGCCUAAUCUGCUGAGUUUGCACAAAAUUUUGACCUGUAUCUUACCCUCCGCUGGCUUUGGGCAUGCUUCUAUUUUAACCCUUAAAACCUUGGUAGUGACUAGCAUCUAAUUCUCCUUACCAUAAUACUACUGAAUUAUUCACUAAGAUCAGCAGGAGAAUAAAGGAAAUGCUUGCCAACCUAAGAGGUUUUGCUUGUUAACAGACUCUACAUACUACACCUUAAGUGUCAUGUUAUUAGUUAUGAUGAAAUCCCAUAUAGAUAAAGAUGUUUUUGACAGAAUUUUUUAAGGUUGCAAAGUGGCGAACCAAAAUCAAGUGAAACCUUGAGCAGGAGCCUUUAUCGGCGAUAAGUUUCACAUUCCUUUCUUUGCGGUAAAAACGAAAAACCGAAACAAGGCGUCUGCUGUAGCUGGCUACCUUUUUGCUGAUGACCAGCGGGGCUUGUCAACCCCUCCUGAGAACAAAGAAACAAAGAGACAAAAGGAAACAAAAACCAUGAUAGAAACAUGGUCCACUUAUUAUCCAAGUGAGAGGCGUACGCAACAACAGAUCACCUUUUGGGAACCGAGACAAAAAUUCGUUAGUUGAUGGAGUACCUCAUUGACUUGCACCCGGAACAGCCUUUUUUCUGUUUGUUUUCUGCGUACACUGUGCAAACUAGGGAUAACUGCCCGUGCUAUUUCAGAAAUGUGUAUCUGACAAUUUUUUAUGAUUUAAUUCGUCUCUCUGCAGGAGCUACAAUCGGUAACAUCUGAAAGAGAUGGCCUGAGGGCAAAACUCAGAAAAAGUGAGGUGGAUUUGGAACAAAUCAGAUCUGAAAAUCAGGGUUUCAGAGAGGAGCGAGACCGACUCAGGAGAAGAGUAAGCUGCCAAACUAGUUUGAACACUUUUUAGGCAAUAAAAGAUCACUCUGGGGGGAAAAAUGUUCGAAAAGCAAGUGGUAUUUUGUUUAAUCUUAGCUUUGCCACUGUGGUUACCUGUUGCUUUUCAAUGCAUUAUUGAGUGACUCAUUGAGAGUUGCAUGUGAGCCGUGCGUAACAAGGAAAGAAAUUUUAGAGUCUGCUGGGUGCUGUAUCGGCAUAUGUAGAAGACUAUUUAUCAAAUUUAUCUAGAAUCUUCAAACGUUCUGCAAAUUUUGACGAUGUGAUUUCGUUGACUAUUAGAAUUUUAUAAUGUAAAGGGAAAAAGUUAUGGUUUUGUGAAAACGUUUGGAUUAGAUUAGAUAUUUAAAUUUUAAAAAUUGCUUUGUUGUUGUCGUCAGGUUCUUGAAAUGCAAGAUCAAUUGAAACUUCUUCACCAGAAAUCACUUCAGUACGAACAACAAGUGAGGACAAGAGCGAACAGCAUGCAGGGAUCUAGUAGCCAGCCCAGGUCCCCAAGUACACCGCGACGAAACACUCAACCAUCAUCCAGCCUGUCGGGAGUCCGAACGCACACUAGGCAGGCUAGUGUCGGUGCAGCCUCUGAUAUAUCGUCCAAAGAAGGCUUUUUGACAUCUCCUCGUAUUUCACGGCGCUCAAGCACCGAUAAUCUAAGCACUCACAGCCACGGUCGAAGCUCUCAGUCUAUUCCAAAUGGACAAGUCCGCAGACCAAGUAUUUCGGGAGCAGUGUGGGCGUCUGCUGAUGGCAGCUCGCCGAUGCCGUUACGCCACCCAUCAGGUAGUGUCCAGUCGAUCUCAAGUCAGGCGUUUUGGAGGCCUGGGGCUACUAGUGAUCUGGGAUCGUCUAUGCAUGGUUCAACUCAGGAGAUCACUGUUGUAGCUAAAAUGGUGGAUGAUGGUACAUAUGGUGGUGGAAUCACUGGGAUGAAUUGUAUUAAAGCUCUCGUAAGUGCUAAAUCUUUUCAACGAAGGACUAACGCUUUAGAAACUCUUUACGGUGGUCAGUUUACAUUAUCAAAUGAAUUUAUGCAUCAUUAGAGCGGUAACCUUUGAGCAACGAAGUUCCGUGCACAAAAGUGAUAGAGCUGUUGACUCGUUUCGAAAACUUGUUAUUACAAAAGCUCGCAGUAGAAUGACGAGUUAUUCCGUUCUUCCCGGAUAAAUGACACUGAUUUUCACCUGUGCAGUGCAUCAGCUGGCUCAGUUAAGUUAUAAAAUGAGCAUAGAUAUUUGAAUUUCUUCUUAUCUAUUUACUUAUGUAAUUAUUUUUUUCCCUUCAGAGUCAAUUACCAGAAUUUGUUUCUGAUAAGAUGCCUUCGGAUCUUGUCAAAGCUCUGGAGAGUUGUAGGACGGCCCAAGAUGUGUUCAAAGCUUUGUUCACUUAUUGCGACGCACAGGCAGACAAAAGACUUAAGGAGUACGAACUAGAACUUGAAAUGCUGACAAGUCGGUUUGAUCACUUACAAGCUCAAAACAAUGUUGUUUCGUUGUCUUUAGAAGAAAGUAGAAACAAUGCGGAUAGGAUGUGCGUUUUAAUGGGAAAAUACGAGUCAAAUUGUACAGCGCUUCAGUUGGCAUUGAACUUUUCUGACCGAGUCAUUGAGGCAUAUGAAGUUUUGUUGCAGCUCUCCGAAGCAGAGCAGGCGAGACUCUUUGCUAACUGUCGAGCGGCUGGGGUUAAAACUGGUCUCCAUAGCUACGCCAGCUCUCCGACGGAUUCAACUUACAGACUUAUUUACGAGGAAGCGGAAGCCGAUGACAACGAUCGGGUUCCCGAAGAUGUUGAAUCGUGUGUGAAUCGGAGAAGAACGGCCGAGAACGAAGCCCGCAUGCUGUUGCAAAAGCUUGAUCGAAACUUCGAGAGCCAAAAUAACGCUGGUCAACCUUGGGAUUCAGUAUCAUCAAAUAGUAGAACUAGUUCGACAGGCUCGUCCAAUGACAUGGAGUUUACUCCGGAAGAAGAAGCAAGAUUAAAAAGUUACAUUCAACAAUUAAAGUCCGAAAGGUCAACGGUAAGCUUGACAGUAAUUGAAUUGGAAAGCUUGCACGAAGUCGCGCAACCCAAGGAUUUGAAACUAGAGCCGCUUGAUCCUAAAGUAGAUCUGGAAAAUGCCGUGCUUAUGCAGGAACUAAUGGCACUGAAGGAAGAAAAAGCUGAAUUAAAAGCGAAGAACUAUUUAAUUGAAAAGGAGAAGAAAGCUUUAGAAUUGAAGAUCACAUCACGUGACGCCCAAGAACAGGCGUACUUGGUUCACAUUGAACAUUUGAAAACUGAGAUGCAGGAUGAAAUCAGGAGACGAAGAAGGAUUCAGAAGGACGCUGGCGUCGCUAGUAGCAAGGUUAGUAAAACUAUCCAAAGAUUUUCAGCGCGUUUAGUACAGAAGACACUGGGCAUAAGAAAUAGUUAGGCAGAUAAACUAUGAGGAUUAUGUGCCUCUUAAACGGUAGUUUUCCCUUUAAUAUAGGUGUCGAUAAAGAGAAAUUCCACUUCUUUCACCGCUAUGUCGUGCAUGAUAUGAAGUGUAUAAACGAAUUAUUUCUUUCAGUCGGACGAGAAGUCAGGUGGAAGUCCCUCCGGCACUCCGUCCAUCACCCUCGCUGAAUUAAAAACUUCAGAUGAAGACAUUCCACUGGACCUGUAUGAAGCGACUAGGAGAGAGAAGAAACUUAAGGCAAGAAUACAGGAACUCGUAGAAACUUUGGAAACCCUUUCCAAAAACUCGGAAACGAGGCAUCAGCAGACAGCUGAAUACGUGGCGGACUUGAAGAAAGCAAAUGGCGCGCUUGUGGCUGCGUACGAGAAAGCUAAGAAAAAGCACGGAGCCAGGCUGAGAAAGCUAGAGCAACAGAUGAUUACUAUGGUGGAGAGACACGACGCGCAGGUGAGAUAUUAAGUGUAAACACGCAUGUGCGCGCAGUGAGAUUAUGAUCGACGAAUCACAUUUACAAACGCUUUACUUUACAAGUUUGAUCACGCAGAUCGUUUAAAUCAUCAACAGACGGUGAAGUCUCUUUAGUGCGACACUUCGCGGUGGGUUCAGCGGGGUGAGCUUAGCUAUGUUGAUGAUGAGCCGGUGUAACAUUUCGAACGUACCAUAACGCCAAGCGACUGGUUGGUUAUUUAGAAGAUGAAUGAUCUGUUAAGAAGGUUCUUAGUAACGAUAUGCACUCCUAUUUUAAGACAUGUGCAGGGAACUGAACUUAGUAUACCCAGAGUGGUGUAUUAAGCUUUUUUCAUUUGAUGACUUUCCGCUUUAUUCUUUUAGGUACGAACAAUGAAAGAAAGGAUAUCGCUUCUUGAAGAGGAACUGAAGACCACGGCAGCUCGGCAGAACGAAACAGCGCUUUAGUUUCGUCGUAUGAAUGACGUAGUAUCGUCGCAAGAACCGUCACUUCAUUUGCAGAAUGAGAUAGCACUAGGGUUGCCCGUCCUAUGUCCACGUUCUUAAAUUGUAAACAAGUAAGGCCAAAAAGUGAAAUAGGAACUAGCCAUCUAGUUCAUGUGACAAUCAAGUGUUCAAUGAUCUCUAAAUAUGAGUAACCCUUAAGACGCGUCCGUGACGACAGUGUUACAGUUGUGUGUCCCACGCAUUGUGGGACAGUUACUCUUUGGCCAGAAUUUCGAGUCCAUAUGCAAAUACUUUACAUAAUCCCUUUGUCUUCUAAAUAUAUUUUAUUAACAAUAUUUAAGACCUUCAUGGCUGAAGGAGUAAUUGCUUAUGUAAAUACCUACAAAUCAGGCUUGAAAGUUUUCAAGUAGUAACGCUUCCUGGGGUAAUUUCCUCAGCCUGAUGAGGUUAGCAAGGGUCUCAUACUGUUAAAAUUUUCUUGGCUUCCCUCUGUAGCUUUUUAUAUUACAGAACAGAAAAAUAAAGGUUACUCAAUGUACUUUUAUAUUUCGGUAAACAAUGCUGCUGAAUGAAAUUUUAAUGGGGACCUUGAGCAGUUAGGACGGCAAAGUCUAAGAUGUCGUUAAAAAAAGAAAUGACCUUAUAUAUUUUCAGUUAGAAUUUUUCGAAUGUCUGGAUGUGUUUACCGUCUCUUGCGGUGCCACAACUCAACUUCGGUAUAAGCGCUGAGUUCCAAAUGGAAAUUUAAAUAAUUUGUCGUCGGAGUUUCUGUCGAGUUGUUGUUUUGCAGAGGUCGGCAAAGAAAUGUACAAAGUCUUCAAACGCACGUGCUGAGCUAUUAUUCUGCCCAUAAGAUCUUUUGUUUUUGGCACGCCCUCCUCACCUUUGCGGUUGUGAUUUGCUUUAGGUCCCUAAUAUUUUUCAAUUACACCGAUUUUGCUAGAAGGAAGCAAACAUCCUUUCUUUGGUUUGCGAAGUUCUCAAACAAUAAAGAACAGUUGUCAACAUGACACGAUUUUGACUUCUCCGCCUCCAGCACCUACUAGACACCUGAUUGGCCGAAUAAAUGGCAACAUAAACGUUCUUGGAAAUGUAAAUCAAAUUAACAGCAGCGGAUGUCUU